AUGCGGGGUACAGGGGGCUACACACCUGGAGGCCGCAUGCGGGGUACAGGGGGCUACACACCUGGAGGCCGCAUGCGAGGUACAGGGGGCUACACACCUGGAGGCCGCAUGCGGGGUACAGGGGGCUACACACCUGGAGGCCGCAUGCGGGGUACAGGGGGCUACACACCUGGAGGCCGCAUGCGGGGGACAGGGGGCUACACACCUGGAGGCCGCAUGCGGGGUACAGGGGGCUACACACCUGGAGGCCGCAUGCGAGGUACAGGGGGCUACACACCUGGAGGCCGCAUGCGGGGUACAGGGGGCUACACACCUGGAGGCCGCAUGCGGGGUACAGGGGGCUACACACCUGGAGGCCGCAUGCGGGGUACAGGGGGCUACACACCUGGAGGCCGCAUGCGGGGUACAGGGGGCUACACACCUGGAGGCCGCAUGCGAGGUACAGGGGGCUACACACCUGGAGGCCGCAUGCGGGGUACAGGGGGCUACACACCUGGAGGCCGCAUGCGGGGUACAGGGGGCUACACACCUGGAGGCCGCAUGCGGGGUACAGGGGGCUACACACCUGGAGGCCGCAUGCGGGGUACAGGGGGCUACACACCUGGAGGCCGCAUGCGGGGUACAGGGGGCUACACACCUGGAGGCCGCAUGCGGGGUACAGGGGGCUACACACCUGGAGGCCGCAUGGGGGGGACAGGGGGCUACACACCUGGAGGCCGCAUGCGGGGUACAGGGGGCUACACACCUGGAGGCCGCAUGCGGGGUACAGGGGGCUACACACCUGGAGGGCGCAUGCGGGGUACAGGGGGCUACACACCUGAAGGGCGCAUGCGGGGGACACGGGGCUACACACCUGGAGGCCGCAUGCGGGGGACAGGGGGCUACACACCUGAAGGGCGCAUGCGGGGUACUGGGGGCUACACACCUGAAGGGCGCAUGCGGGGUACAGGGGGCUACACACCUGGAGGCCGCAUGCGGGGGACAGGGGGCUACACACCUGGAGGGCGCAUGCGGGGUACAGGGGGCUACACACCUGGAGGCCGCAUGCGGGGUACAGGGGGCUACACACCUGGAGGCCGCAUGCGGGGUACAGGGGGCUACACACCUGAAGGGCGCAUGCGGGGUACAGGGGGCUACACACCUGGAGGCCGCAUGCGGGGGACAGGGGGCUACACACCUGGAGGGCGCAUGCGGGGUACAGGGGGCUACACAUCUGGAGGCCGCAUGCGAGAAACUACAGAGAGGCACGAGGGCUUGUGGAGCGAUGCACCUUUGCGAGAGUCGACAACAAUUCGUGGCGGGAGAGUACCUUGUGAACGCGACCCGCAUCAUACUCGAAGGGACGAAGCUGAUCCAGAACCUCAUUGGGAAGGAGCCUCAGUGAGGGACCUGCGGCGACGUCGAGGCUCCAUGUGGGUGGAAAGAAGUUUAGGAGACAAGUCCGAUGUCAUCAAUCAGCUGAGGGAUAUUGUGACCUAA